UUGUUUGCUUGUAGGUGUGUGGAAGCCUUUUACAUUUACUUCCGUGCUGACAGAGUUGAAGAGCCCUAUGUCAGCAUCACAAAGAAGAGGCAGAUUCCCAAGGAUGGGUACUCAGAAGAAAUUGAGAAGGAAGUGGGACAGGCUGAAGGCAAGCUGUUCACACACAGGUCUGCAUUCAGCAGGGCCUCUGUGAUCCAGGCAUUCCUCGGCUCAGCGCCCCAGCUCACGCUCCAGCUCUACAUCUGUGUCCUGCAGCAGGAGGUCACGGUUGCCAGAAGUAUUUUUAUGGUGCUUUCUCUCCUGUCGAUUGUUUACGGCGCCUUACGCUGCAACAUCCUGGCUAUUAAGAUAAAGUAUGACGAUUACGAUGUCCGUGUGAAGCCUGCUGCCUACCUCUGCAUAUUCAUGUGGAGGAGCUUUGAGAUCGCCACACGGGUCACUGUGCUGGUGCUUUUCGGUUCAGUCCUUCGAAUCUGGGUUUUCCUCAUCGUGCUACUGAAUUUCUUAGGUCACUUCUUCUACCCAUGGAUUCUCUUCUGGCUUAGCAAGUCUCCAUUUCCUGAGAACAUAGAGAAGGAAUUGAGCAGGGUGGGCACUACCAUCGUCCUGUGCCUUCUCACGUUCCUGUACGCUGGCAUUAACAUGUUCUGCUGGUCGGCAGCGCAGGUGGAGCUCAGUGACCCUGACUUGAUUAGCAAAUCCCAGAACUGGUACCAGAUGACCGUGUACUACAUCGUGCGGCUGAUGGAGAACGCCUUCCUCCUGCUGAUGUGGUACAUUUACAGAACAGACUUCUACCUGUAUGUCUGCGCCCCAAUGUUGUUCCUGCAGCUCCUGAUAGGGUACUGCAUGGGCAUCUUCUUCAUGUUGGUGUUCUUCCAGUUCUGUCACCCGUGCAAAAAGCUUUUCUCUGCCAGCAUUACCGAAGCUUUGCUGUCCUGUUUCAAGAUCCUCUACUUUAUUUGCCAGCAUCACAAAUCCACUCUACUGAAAGGCAAGGUGGCGAUGAAAUCUCCUGAAAAUACCGAUGAGGCACGGGGCAGUAGCAAGACAAUAGAUUCUCAAAACAGGAGUGUUCAUCAAAGUGUUUCUUCCAAUGCCUAGUACAACUGGAAGCAAGUAGGUGCCUUUGGAAGGUGGCAGAUCACCUGCUGGGAACAUUGUGUAUCUUAGACAUUGUGUCUUGUGGGUAGGAUUUCUUUCUUGCAGGUGUAGCACUGCAUGAUGGCUGACAUGCCUGUUUUUGUGGAGAACAGUGUAUGAGUAUUUGUGUCUGUGUGUGUUUGUGUAUGGAGAGCAAUCGUUGUUUGUAGACUUCUAUUUCAGAGCCUUUUUGCACAUAGAUUUAUUGUCACAUACUUAUUUUAAGUCAUUAUUGGAGACAUCAUUCAGAAACUGUCCUGAUGCUCAUCUUACUCAGGAAGUCUAAGGAUGGAAGGCAAUGAAUAUUAUUUCAGAUAGGGUGUCCCAUGGCAUGCCAUCCUAGCAUGGAAACAGAGCUUAGAGCUGGACUACGUAUGGACUGUAGCUGUGGUCUGUUUUGAUCAAAUUGUAGACUAUUUUACACUCUAAUCAGUGUAAUAAGAUAAUACUUCUCUCAGUGGUAGAAAAAUUGGACUUGCACAAUGCACUGUAGUCUGGGUUGCCAUGAAACAGCCGAUUUGCCAGCACUGACAGGGAAAUGUGACUGUUACUGAGGAUGUAUAAAGAGGGGUUAUUGGCUUUGCACUGUUUCACCCUUCAUGUUUACUGCUUGUUAGUAAGGGAAUUAAAUUUUGCACAUUAAUUGUGAUGUUCUGGAAUAGCUCAUUUUUCUUUCAUUAUCAUUUCUUUAAUACUUUGUGAUGUUCUGGUGUCAGGGUGGUGUUCACUUUAUGUAAAUAUCUAGAGGCUGGGCAGACAGUGUGUACCAGUCAUGUAGGUGCUCUCCAGUGCACAUCUCCGGGGAGUGAUUCACCCCAUCUCAAAAUGUGGUGAUAUGAAUCACUCUCUGGAGACCUGUUACUCAGUGUUAACCAGAUGCCUUCACAAUUAGUUCUGACUAUCCUUCCUAAAUCUUCCUUUUGGAUGGCUGAAGUCAGAGAGAUCAGCACUACCCUGAUUGUCAGGGUUUGGUAGUGCACCGAGUAGGUAGCUCAUUGACUUCUUGUACUGGGAUAGAAGAUGCUCAUUCCUUCUUUUUGAGCUGUGAUUUGUUAUGAUUAGUUUAAUAUCAUUAAUUCAAAACCCUCUGACUUCUUUACCUCAGAAGUAUCACAACGUUGAAGUCUGAAAGAGAAAAUGGAAGUCAUUGACUUUUUGUUCUCAGCAAUACAUCACCACAAAUAAAAGUGUUUCAGUAUUUUGCAAGUUUCUGAGAAAGCUUUAGCAGAUGAACACCCAAGAAUUUAGUGAAAAUACACAAACCUAUAUGUAUUUUCACAAAUUAAGUGAAAGCUUUUUGCACUUUGUUUGCUUAGCACGUUCCUAACAUUUCUUUUGAGUGUUACACAUUAUGGCUGCUCAUGGAAACAAAUAAUUGAUGACCCAAAGCAUCUCCCAGUGUCCGAAGCUUAGCCUCCAUUCUGUCAUCAUGCAGGAUGUGAAGCUCUUAAUAGGGAUGACAUCAUCAUAAUUGUUUUAGAAGUGUCUCAAACUCAGGUCUGGGGUCAUUUAUAAUGAAAUAUGUCACUACUGCAAAGACAUAACAUGCUUUUAUUUUUUUCUUUACUACUGUAUAAAUGAAUGUCUUCAUAUUUCAGUUUUAUUACAGAGUUAUGUUUUCAUUUUGCUUAAUAUGUGUCUGUAUAUGGUAUGUAUCUGUAGAUGCCAUUAAAUUAUUGGUGGGUGGUAAUGGGAUUUUUGGCCUGAUUUUGCCUUGGGAAUGUAACUCAUAUUUGGGGAAGACACCAAACACCUCCAUUCUAAUUUCUCAGAGGAGAAUCGAAUAGGGAAGUGACUCCUUGAAGACACGACUGUGUUUCUCUGUACCUUUGUAUGUAAAAGUACAGCAUAGUAUUUCUCUGUACUUUUCUAGAUGUAAAAGAUUAUUGCUUUUUCUUUUCCAGUAGUGAGUUAAAGGAGCAAGGGAGAAUGUAACCCUUUAUUCCAAAACUGUGGAGUUCAGUCCACAGGCUCAAGUUUUCUGAUGUUCUUAGCCAAAACUGAGUAUGUCUUUAUAGCUGGACACUCAUCAAUAUCAAUAAUCAGGGAAUUACAAUGGCUGCCUAUCUACAGAUGUACCCAGGUCUGAAUUGUUAGUCUUUGGAGGAAAAUUUAAAAAGUAACUCCAUGUGUAGAAGUAGUUCAUGUUUAAAGAGAGGGCACAAAGCAGGCUUUGGACACCGUCAGUGGUGGUGCAGUUGUGAUUGUGCCAUUUGGAAACAGUGAAAGCUUCACAAACCUCAGCCAGGUUGGUGCUACAGUGAAAUGUUGAAGUCAAAUAUAGGAGAGUUAUAGAGCCAGGAGCUCAGAAUGAAUACACAGAGUGAGUAUCAUUAAACCUCACAGACUACUGUAUAUGCAUAUUUAGAGUGUGUGCCAUAUUACUUCUUAUUUUUAUACCAGUCUCCUGAAGUGCAUGCAUAGGGGGCUGAAUAUUUAAAUCACUGUCAUGAGAGGGGAAAAAAAUACUUUAUAUGGGUUCUUCUACUGUCCUAUGGUUUUGCCUUAGCUGUGCAGAAUAACCAAAUACAGUUCCAUCACUCCACCAGCACGAGGGGCUGUUGCCUGUGCAGUGCCUGGUGUCUCCACGGCCCGGGUGGUUUAUCCAGCUGUGCUGCCACUGCUGGUAGUGGAGGGGAGUCACAGACACAACGAUAAUGUGUUGGUCCAGGGUUUUGAGGGAGCAGCUGAUUUUUCUGAAGUGUGCUGUAAAGCUGGGAGAGGCCGUUUUUCUCCAGAUAAUUACUGUCAGAGGGUUUUGUUAUCGGUACACCCAGUGGCUGCGUGGAGAGGACAGUACGAGCUACAAAGUCUGUCUGUGUAUGAAUGAGUGAUCUCUUGCUGCAAGUUCACUGUGCUUUUUCUCUCCUCUAGGAAUGUUAGAGGGGCCUGUGUGUUCCAUCAAAGGGUUUAGGGCUACUGCUGAAAACUGUGCUCUUUUGAGUAAUCUUGAGUCACACAAAGGAUGGCUCAGCAAGGAUUAUUUGUGUAUUAUAAGAGUAUGCAAGAUCUGACAUAUGGGUUUUCUUUUAUACUUGUAAAACAACACAAAUUAAAACGUUGAAACUAUCCCUCAA